GAGUACAUUUUAUCUAACAAAUACGACACAUCUUCUGAUGCGAAAGGGGAAAACACAUUGACAAAUCACAAUAGGGUAUAAAAAGGGUUUUAUUGGGAGGGACCAAGUAAGCAACGAAUGGAGGAACCAAGAAAGCUCAAAGGUCACAAAGCCAGCACCACCUGCUGUAUCGCCUCUCAAAACCGCCCUGGUCUUAUUGCCACCGCAGAUGAGGAUGGUUGUGUGUGCUGGUUCGAUUUGAGGUGCAAAGAUAAAAUCUUUACCAUGGAUGUUGGAAAUGGUAACCCAGUUUCAUCAAUAUGUUUCAAGCCAGGAAAUGAAGAUGUUGUUUAUGUCUCAUUGGGAAGUGAAGUCAAAUGCUUUGAUGUGAAUAUGGUUACUGCAUCGGAACUGUUGCACAGUUACAAUUACAACAAGGAUGAGAUAAAUCAGAUUGCUUGCAGCUCAAAGUCAUCAUUCCUCGCUGCAGCAGAUGAUAGUGGUGAUGUCAAGAUCAUUGACAUCCGCCAAAAUCGCAUGUACAAAACAUUGAGAGAUGGCCACACAAGUAUAUGUAGCAGUGUUCAAUUCAUCCCUUGGAGACCGUGGGAAGUCAUUACUGGGGGUCUUGAUUCAAAAUUUGUGCUGUGGGACUUCUCCAAGGGACGGCCGCGGAAGAUUUGGGACUUUGGCACACUUGACGCAGGAAAUAAAGGGAAUACGGGACAAUGUUUGAACCCUGCCUUUGUUCAUGCUCUGGCUCUUCCCGAAGUUGAUGUGGUGGAUAGAUUUGUGAAGAUUUGUGCUGUGGCUAGGGGUGAUGGAGUUGUUUCUAUAAUAAACGUUGAGUCAGAGCUCAAUACUGUCAAGUCUAAGAGUUCGUCUAAACCCAAGAAAGGUUCUAAGUCAACCCCCAAAGUUGGUGGUUCUUCUGCUGAUCCUGAAAUUGAGAAUCAAAAUGGAGGAGACCUGCACCUUGAUCACUCUUUGGGAGGACACACUGCUGCUGUAUCUUGUGUGACUUUCUCCACAUUUGGGGACAAAGGGAAGUUCAUAAUUUCAGGUGGAAAUGACAGACAAGUAAAAGUAUGGGAUUGGUCCAAGUUUUUCAUGGCUGGUGAGACGAGCAGUGGGACCGAUUUCCUUUGUUCUAGCUUAAGUUUGAGCAGAAAAGUAAAUUGGCUGUGCACAACUCCUACUGACUCAGAGAACCUAAUUGUCUGUGAUACGUCCAAGAUAGUGAAGGUUUACAACAUCGGGUGAAGCAGCACAGGUUGAGCUGAGAUAUUGCUACUUGUACAUGAUGUUAACCUCAUAGAAAGUUAUGCUCCCAAUAUGCCAGCUCUUGGGUCUUUUCUCUUGUAUGCUAAACUGGACAGGCAUGGCUUUGCCGAACAAAGGUUCUACCCUACAGGGUUGUGACCUAAACAACUAGGUGCUACAACAAUGAUAUUGGCUUAUGCUUGUGCUUCUGUAGAAUUAGAUGUUUUCUUUCCGAUGUAAUUGCAAAAAGAUAUCUAAGAUAUCAAGAAUCUGAGCUUGUCUCUUCAUUUUCUCUCCCCUUUUUUGGUUGGGAUUGGGAUUUGGAUCCUGAGACAUUGAUUUUGAGAAAUUGAUAUUACUUAAUUAGAUGUUUGCCUCAAUGCGAUAUUGUUUGUAUAUUAUUCACUUAAUCUGUAAGCAGCAAUACAAUAAUAAAAAAACUCUUAGAAUGAA